UACGGUUUGUUGACGUACGGGUCGCGGAAGCUCAAUAUAUAAUUUAUUAGACAGGCUGAAGCAAGUACCAGAGGAAACAAGAAUGCGUUUGCAGAGGAGUUUCCUGAACAGUGCAUUUUAGGCAGAUGACUGCUUAAGCGUCUCUAAAGACAUAUAUUAAAUUUGCUAAGGGUCGAAGUUUUUCUGUAAGUCUGCACAGUUAGUUUCAAUUUGAGAAGCCAUGUCUCGAACUGUGCAAAUACAAAAUUUACCCUCAUUGAGAGGCACGGAAGAACUAGUGAAAUAUCUGGAAAAUUUAACAGGAGAGGGAAGUGUGGAGGUGUGCAAGCUGAGAAGAAGCAGAAAGUCAGGAAUGUGCGUCACCGUGCAAUUUCAGAGCCCUGCCAUGGCAGCUCAGCUCUGCGAUCGUCCUUAUAUUAUGUUUAGGUCACAUGUUUUAACAGUGAAAUCUGCCAAAAGGGACAUUAUAUUUAAGGCGGCCUCCAAGCCUCUUCAGUUGAAAGGGGCAAAGCUUUUCGCGGGCUGUCAAUUUUCCCCCAUUGCAUUUCAUUUAUUAUGGUCUUCCAGAGAUGAUGAGGUGACUGUAGAGUUUGGUUUUGAUGUGAGAAGGGUGAGUGUGUACGUUAAUGAAGGCGGCUUUGAGUACAAAUUGCAGCUUUCCUACGCCGACAUUCGCUACAUUCAUCUACGAUAUGUAAAGGGGAAAGCGAGCCUGAAGCUGCUUCUGUUUGAGCUACAUUGUGUGCCGCGGAUCUAUAAAAAGGAAGAAUCAUCUUCAACUUCAAGAGAAGAUGAUGUUUUUCAUGAUUACUACAAAGCUGGUCAUGACAAUCAAUGGAUCAGAACUACAGAUUUUACACCAUUUUGCAGUUUUGGCCAGUCUUUGGCAAUCUGCCUGGAGCUUCCCUAUAAUGUGAACGUUUCCCAAAUUCAGCGAGACUUCCCACGUUACAAAGAAAUUGGAGAUAUUCUCUCUUUCCAAGAAGGAUUUUCCUACUCUGAUUCAAAGUUGGUGCCAAUAGUUAAUCUUUCUGAGUUCCAUUUGCCUUACAAAAUCUUGUUCCAAAUAAAUUCACUUAUUCAGGAAGGCAUACUUAGCUGGCCAAGCCUCACCAAUGAAUUCUUCAAUUUCCUGAAGCCUGACAAGAAACCUCGUGCAUUCAUAGAUUAUGCACUGACAAGGUUUAAAAAUCUGAGGAGCCCUUGCUACAAUCCAGUUAAAUUGCUGCUAAAGGAAUACAACACUUUCCGGAGAUCAAGAUGGUAUAACUAUCCUAGUUCAGCAGGAAAUGUUGGUCUGGAUGGUGGGCUGAUGUAUGUGCACAGGGUCCAUGUAACUCCAUCAAAGGUCUACUUUUUUGGGCCUGAGGUCAAUGUUUCUAAUCGCGUCACUCGUCAAUUUGCAAAUUAUAUUGACGAUUUUCUUAGGGUCACCUUUGUUGAUGAGAAUGGCGACAAGCUUUAUGCAACUGAUUUGUCUCAGCAAAGGAUUACGAUGAAUAAUGGUCAGGGGAAACACACAAAAUUAUACAGCCGGGUUCUCUCAGUUUUGAGAGACGGUAUUUUGAUAGCUGAUAAAAAGUUCGAGUUUCUUGCCUUUUCAACCAGUCAGCUAAGGGAAAGUUCUGUUUGGAUGUUUGCUUCCAAUGCUGAGGUUAGUGCCCACAGUAUCAGGAGGUGGAUGGGCAAUUUUUCGAGUGUUAAAAAUGUUGCCAAGUGUGCAAGGAGAUUGGGGCAGUCUUUUAGCUCUUCCACAGAAACAUUGCAUGUCUCUGACUUUGAAAUUGAUCAUAUUCCAGACAUUUGUAGGAAGCAGUAUAUUUUUUCAGAUGGAAUAGGGAAGAUAUCUCUGUCCCUGGCAGAAAAGGUGGCUGCAAAGUGUAAAUGUGAUAACACACCCUCUGCUUUCCAAAUAAGGUAUGGUGGCUACAAGGGUGUCGUAGCAGUUGAUCCUGAGUCCAAAUACAAGCUGUCUCUGCGACAAAGCAUGUUGAAAUAUAGGUCAGACGAUACAAACUUAGAUGUUCUGUCAUGGUCCAAAUUUAGGCCUUGCUUUCUGAACAGGCAAAUUAUAAGCCUCUUAUCUACUCUGGGGGUUGAAGACCAUAAUUUUGAGAAGUUGCAGGAAAAGGCAGUUGAGGAUCUGGACAGGGUCUUGACUGACCAAGCUGUUGCUCUUAACCUACUGCAAAUUAUGUCUGCCGGUGAACAUCACAAUGCACUUAUAAGUAUGCUGUCAUGUGGUUUCUUUGCCAAUUCUGAGCCAUAUCUUCUAAUGAUGCUCAAUGCAUUUCGAGCAUCUAAACUACUUGAGCUAAGAAACAAGACACGCAUAUUUGUUCCGAAGGGGCGAUGCUUAAUGGGAUGCCUAGAUGAAACUGGGACAUUAAAUUACGGUGAAGUAUUUGUUCAGGUUUCUCAUGCUGCAGGAAGCAAACAAUAUCAUGAUCCCGGGCUUGCUAUCUUUAGACAAAGUGGCCUUGACCACAAAAAAUGCAUAGUUAAAGGAAAAGUAAUUGUUGCCAAAAAUCCCUGCCUUCAUCCAGGUGACGUACGCGUUUUGGUGGCUGUGGACAUUCCCAAACUCCAUCAUAUGGUUGACUGUGUAGUCUUUCCACAACGAGGUCAGAGACCUCAUCCAGAUGAAUGUUCGGGUAGUGAUUUGGAUGGUGAUCUUUUCUUCAUAAGCUGGGAUAAGUCCCUCAUCCCACCUCAACAAGAACCACCAAUGGAUUAUAUUGCUCCACCACAAACAGUGUUGAAUCAUGAAGUGACAAUUGAGGAGAUUCAACAGUAUUUUGCAGAUUAUAUGCUUAAUGACACCAUGGGAAUCAUAGCCAAUAGACACACUGCAUUUGCUGAUCGAGACCAAAACAUGGCUCGGAGUAAAAAUUGUCUGGAGUUAGCAAAGCUUUUCUCAACAGCUGUUGAUUUUCCCAAGACUGGGGUUCCUGCACAGAUUCCUUCAAACUUGAAUCCAGAAGAAUAUCCUGAUUUCAUGGAGAAAGAAGACAAACCCAUCUAUGAAUCAGAACGAAUUACUGGUAAACUUUACAGGGCAGUAAAGAAUAUAGCACCAAAGACCAUGCAUAUAAAUUCAUUCACUAAGGAAGCUGCGACGAAGGCAUAUGACAAGGAUUUGGAGGUGGAAGGAUUUGAGAAUUAUCUUUGGGAAGCAUUACAAUAUAAGAAUUGUUAUGACUCAAGGUUGGCUACAUUAAUGUAUCAGUAUGGAGUUAUGUACGAAGCAGAAAUAGUAAGUGGAAACAUCAUUAGCUUGUCAAAACAUUAUGGCAUUAAGCUUGGAGAUCUCAGGGAAACUAUUUUAUUGGAAGUAAAACAGAUUAGAAAGGAAACUAGAGCAUGUUUUCAAGGCAACAUUGAUGCAGACAUUGGUUCUAAUGACAAACAUCUUGCAAAGGCAUCUGCUUGGUAUUAUGUCACAUAUCACCCAAGUUACUGGGGUCAUGGAGAUUAUGAAGGCAGAGAUGAGAACAACCCUCAUUUUAUAAGUUUCCCAUGGGUUAUAUAUGACAAACUACUACAAAUUAAACGCCGCAGGAGAUGUGGACUUAUAUAGGUAAUUUCUCCUUUUUACCUGACAGAUAGUACAGAAGGCAGGAUUCAAUUGCAAGCUGUAGAUAUGCUCACACCAUUAUUUUACUGUCCCUCCGCUGAUUUACCCACCUAGGAGUGAGUGGAACAAUAAAUGUCAGGGUUCCUUUUCUGUUAUAAAAGUGAUGAUCUCCUAGAGUAAUUUAUUUUACUGUCCCUCCCUUGUAUCUGGUACUUUAUAGUUAAACCAUUAUUAUUAGAUUAGGGUUUAGUAACAGUCAUAAAGAAUGAGCGUAUGAUGUUAGUAAAAAUCGGGACUCUCAGGAGUUGGUCCUUUCAAAGGCCUUCAUAAAUAAUUGAGCUUUAAGUUGUGUGUAUAUAUGAACAUUAGCUGGGUUUGGUAUAGAUAUUGAUGGAGGAAAUGUGUUUAAAAAAAAUCAUACUUCCUAAAGACUCCUUUAGUUCUCUUACUGCGUUGUAAAACCUUUUGUUUCUCUCAUAAACAAAAAGUGUUUGUAUUUAUGUUCCA